AUGGGGAUAAAGUGUUAUGCUGCAGCAUCUAUCAUCUCAUUAGUGCAGGAUAAGAUCUCACGCAUCCUUCUCCUUUCCAUCCAGCCACAGACAAUCCAAGACAAAAUGGGCCGACCCAAGCACUCAGACGACAAGGCCAAAAAACUAAAGGAGAUACGCGAUGAGAAGGAGCCCUUAGCCGCCAAGACCAAGUACUCCAUCUGGUUUUUCUUGCCGGACUAA